GUAACCUUUCCUUCAAACUGGUGCUCAAUCGAAUCACAAAAGCUAUAAAAAAUGCAUAUAGUUAAAUAAAGGCAAUAAACGUUGUUUACCUUUGCUCCGUUUUUUAAUUACGAAUGCUAUCAACAUUGCAUAAUAAUAAGCUGAUUCAGUAAAGAAUACAAAAUAAUUGAUGUUUAUUAAAUAUUUACGAAAUGUUUGUAUACUUGAGUAAAAAAAUAGCAAUACCAAACAAUUUUCGUCUGAAUUGUAUAGCAUGGAACCAAAGGGAAGGUUAUAUAGCUGUUGGCGGAGAGGAUGGUCUUUUGAAAGUACUUAGAGUAGAUUCCAAUGUAAGUGGUUCUACCAGUGGUGGGAGGUCUAGAAACUUAACUGCUGCAAGUAAUUUAAGUAUGAAUCAAACUUUAGAAGGUCAUAAUGGUCAUGUGCAAGUAGUUACUUGGAACGAACAACAUCAGAAAUUAACUUCAAGUGAUCAGAAUGGUGUAAUUAUAGUUUGGAUGUUGUACAAGGGCUCUUGGUACGAUGAAAUGAUAAAUAACUGCAAUAAAUCAAUAGUUAAAGGGAUGGCAUGGAGUUUAGAUGGUUUAAAAAUUUGCAUAGUUUAUGAAGAUGGAGCAGUUAUUGUAGGUUCAGUUGAUGGAAAUAGAAUCUGGGGCAAGGAAUUAAAAAAUACAGCUCUUGCAGCUGUACAAUGGUCUCCAGAUGGGAAACUAUUAUUGUUUGGCAUAAAAAAUGGGGAAGUUCAUCUCUUUGAUAAUCAAGGCGUAUUUUUAACAAAGUUAAAUAUGAUACCACUUAAUGGUGGUCAAGUUCAAACAAUAGUUUCAUUACAAUGGUAUGAUGGAAGGAAUGGUUAUAUUGGCAUAGAUUGUCCAACUUUAGCUGUUUGCUACAGGAAUGGUAAAAUACAGCUCAUGAAAGACACUAAUGACGAUAAUCCAAUUGUAAUAGAAACUGGUAUGACAGCGGCAUGGUGUUGUUGGAAUAGUUAUGGGUCUAUAUUAGCUGUAACUGGGAUGUUACCAUUAUUGGGUAACGGAGAAACAAAGGACACUAAUGUCAUUCAGUUUUAUACUCCUUUUGGUAAACAUAUGAGGACCCUAAAAAUACCUGGUAGAGAAGUCACCUGUUGUGCAUGGGAAGGAGGAUCACUCAGAGUAGCUCUAUCUGUUGAUUCUCAUAUCUAUUUUGCAAAUAUUCGUUUAGAUUAUAAAUGGACUUACUUCAGUAAUACAGUUGUGUAUACAAAUGAGAAGAUUACCAAAGAUGGUAUUUGCAUUAUAUUUUGGAAUACAACGAAUAAUACAUAUUGUACUAAAAAUGUAAGAGCAUUGAUCUCCAUAGCUUCACAUGGAGAUCAUUGUGUUUUGGCAAUAAAAAAUGACCUAGCUCAAGGAUCAGAGCAAUUUGCACUCUUAGUAUGCAAUACAAUUGCUACUCCAAUAGAUACUAAGUUUAUAGACUUAGAGCCAUUAUGGGUGACCAUGACAAAUAGUGUAAUUGUUGCAGCAUCCAAGAACAAUUUCUUGGUUUGGAGUUAUCGCACUCCUCGUAGUUCCAUGUUGCAUGCAGGACGAAUUAGAAGAGAUAAAAUUUACCAUAUUGACGAAACUCCGACCGGGGUGACGGAAGUUAUUCAAGAUUUAGACAAAGACAGAUCCUUUGAGGCACCUAUUAAUACUAAAGCUACUAUGGACCCGAUUUGUUGUUUGUGCGCAACUGAUAAGAUUCUAUUGAUAGGUAGAGAGUCGGGAAUGAUUCAAAGAUAUUCUUUAUCUCAGAUAACUCUUACUAAUAGAUAUAAUACAAAUUGUAAGCUUUAUAAGAUUGCAAUCAACUGUGAUUCAUCUCGGGCGUCUAUUAUGGACACGAGUGGCGUUCUAACUAUGUUAGAUUUGGAGACUGAUCUCAAGAAAAAUACUUUGAAGGAUGGAGAAUCAGAGGGCGAAAUAAAUAAGUUCGAAAGAAAGGAUGUGUGGGCCAUGUGCUGGGCACAAGACAAUCCCGCUUUAUUAGCAAUUAUAGAAAAAACCAGAAUGUACGUUUUAAGAGAAUUCGAUCCCGAAGAACCGAUAUCCUGUUCUGGAUAUAUCUGUUCAUUUCAAGAUUUAGAAAUACGUUGCGUUUUAUUGGAUGAUCUCAUGCAGAAACCAGAAGAUACAAGAAAUGACUUAAUAGUGGAUUUAGAAGUGAAAUCACUGAGGGAUACCAGGGAAUUAUUGACGAAAGUAGGUUUGAAAGAAGCAAACAAUUUCAUUCAGGACAAUCCACAUCCACGAUUAUGGCGUUUAUUAGCAGAAUCAGCUUUACAGAAACUAGAUUUGGAGACUGCAGAAAAUGCAAUGGUUCGUUGCACAGAUUACUUAGGUAUACAAUUUAUCAAACGUUUACAGAACGUGCACAACGAUCAUCUGAAGAAAGCCGAGGUGGCUGCGUUUCUUGGCAACUAUGACGAAGCUGAAAAAUUAUAUUUAAAUAUGGACAGAAGGGAUCUUGCUAUUUCGUUACGUCAAAAAUUAGGAGAUUAUUUUCGGGUGGUACAGCUAAUGAAAAUGGGUAUUGGCGGGUCUGAUAAGCAAAUGGAGUACGCGUACAAUAAAAUUGGCGAAUAUUAUGCUGAAAGACAGAAUUGGGAAGGUGCAAAAGAAUAUUAUGGAAAGAGCAGGAAUCUGGAGAAACUUAUAGAAUGCUAUUAUAAAUUAGAAGAUUUUGUUCAAUUGGCAGGGACAGUGCAACAGUUACCAGAUAAAAGUCCACUUUUGAAAAUGGUAGCAAGAAUGCUAGGUUCCGUGGGUAUGUGUUCUCAAGCAGUAGCAGCAUAUAUAAAAUAUGGAGAUGUGAAACUGGCCGUAGAUACGUGCGUUCGUUUGAAUCACUGGGACCAAGCAGUCGAAUUAGCAAAGACUUAUAAAAUGGCCCAGAUAAGCGAAUUAUUGAACAAGUAUGCCAAUCAUCUUCUGUCCAAUGGAAAGAGACUACAGGCUAUAGAAUUAUACAAGAAGGCAAAUCACAAUUUGGAAGCAGCAAAGUUGCUGUUUCAAUUAGCAGAAGAGCAAGCAAAGACUAGGACGAAUCCGCUACGCGUAAAGAAAAUUUAUGUUCUAGCAGCUCUGUUGGUCGAAGAUCAUAUCAAUGCCGCGCCAGCUGCUAAGGGCGGCCGUAGCAACGUUGUGAUGGGUUUAACAGAAAACAACGAAGACACUCGGGUGAUAGAGAACGCCUGGAAAGGGGCAGAGGCUUAUCAUUUUCUCUUAUUAGCCAAUAGGCAGAUAUAUUCAGGGAAUUUUGAUGCAGCCAUGAAAACAGCUCUGAGAUUGAGAGAAUACGAAGAUAUCUUGCAACCAGAAGAUAUUUACUGCUUGCUUGCUCUAUCAAGCGCAGUCAAUCACGCUUUUGCAGUCUGUUCCAAGGCGUUCAUUAAAUUAGAAUCUCUAGAGAUUAUUUCAGAGGCGGUCAGAGAAGAAUAUGAGGAUUUGGCUGUGGACAUCUUCACCAAGCACAGUCCUCAAGAUGUUCGUAAUUCUAAGGCAGAAUGUACAAAUUGCGAGAGUCUGGUACCCGACUGGUGUGUCGCCUGUCCUAACUGUAUGACCAGGUUCCCUCCUUGUAUUAUCUCUGGCAAACCGUUGAUGGAUCUGAGCAAUGCGUGGAUCUGCACCGUUUGCAGACACCACGUGGCUACAGAACGAGAUGUAGUUAAUAUUAAUGCUUGCCCUUUGUGCCACAGCACGGUUACAUAUAUGUAAUUGAUGUGUUUGAGUAUGUAUUGGUCAUGCAUUAUCAGACAAAUAUGUUAUGCUUGAGCUAUAACAGACAUGCCGGCGAGCUUUAAGCUUGCCAUUGAAAGAGCAUGUUUCAUUUUUAUAGUAGUAUGCACCAGUUAGAAUGUGCACUGCUUAAAAGUAUUAAUCCGUGUUGCGAUUUAGAUAAUGUGUUGAGUAUCUGAUUGAUUUAUUGAAUCAAUAAGAUCAAUCCGUAAUUUUCUGACUAUUUAGAAUUUAUAAUUUAGAAACGUGUGAUAAUGUGAUUAGUCAAAUUUUCAAUGUUACUUAUCACCGAGUGAUUAUAUGGUUAUUUUAUUUUUAAAAAUAUUAUUAGGGACACGUGAAUUAAUAACAAUUUUCGUAGUUGAAAAAUGAAUAAUUUCUGAUCUCAUUUAUAAGUCUGGCGUCAUAUUCUUGUGUAGUAUUUUGUUAUCUUUUUCAACUUAAAUUAUGAAGCUUCUCCGUUUUAAAUAUCUUUUUAUAUUCUACGUAUUUAAGACAGUGUACUUAUAUAAUUUAAUUGCAUAGUGAUAACUUUUAAUGCAAAUUCCGUCCAGUAACUGAAAUAUUAAUACCGUGCAUUAUAUAUGUAUAAAUACAUAUGCUAUAUAUUUAUUAAUUUUUAUAUUAUCAUAAUCGUCUACAUUAAACGUAUUUUAGACUA